UCAACUCUAAAUUUCAAACUAGCAUUCAUAUUCUACGUUCGAGUAUCUGCUAUACAAUGACUGGGGUAACGGCCAAUGGUGAGUUCCAUUUCAACGAUGACUCCCAAUAUGUCGGCACUUGGAAUUCUUCAGGGAAACCACAUGGGGAGGGUCAUCUUCUCUUCCAAGAUGGUACACGUUAUAGCGGUUUCUUCGAAAAUGGAAAAUUUAAUGGUUUGGGCAUUCUAGUUUUCCCAGAUGGGGCUAGAUAUGAAGGUGAGUUCCACAGGGGAUGGUUCCAUGGCUUUGGAACUUUUUGGAGAGCCGAUAACAUGCGUUAUGAGGGGGAGUUCAGAGGAGGUCAAAUCAAUGGUUUAGGUAGUAUGUCAUUCAGUGAUGGCACCCAUGGUUUUCCACGCCAUGAAGGAUAUUUUCGGAAUACUCGCUUGGAAGAACCAAAAAGAUGCCCCGAUAUUGUUGAUAGGGCUCGAAAAAUAUCAUUUAUGGCAAGAUACAAGUAUUUGAAUGAGAUGUAUGGAGAAAAUUAAAUGAUCAAACCUU